AUGUAUACACCUACAACUGCCAUUUCGAAGUUUCUGGAUAAAUUAAUUCGACCAUUAUUUGAUAAACAUGCUCGAGCAACAACAAUUAUUGAUGGAGUUGAUUUAAUUCGCCGUCUUCAAAAAUAUUCUUCACGAGGGUAUCUUAAACCAACAACACUCUUAUGUUCAUUUGAUAUAACUGAUCUGUAUACAAUGUUACCACAAGAAGAAUCAUUAAAUACUGUUAUGGAAUUUCUUCAUUAUUAUGGUUAUCAAAAAGUUCAAAGUAUUCCAUUUGAUACCAUACGAAAAUUAGGUCGUAUUGUUCUUACCGAAAAUGUCUUUAUUUAUGAAAAGAAAUUCUAUAAACAAAUUAUUGGAGGUGCAAUGGGAUCAGCAUUUACAUUAACUCUAGCAAAUAUUUUCAUGUGGAAAUGGGAAAAAGAACUUGUUCGUCGACAGGUAGCUUCAAAUGAAAUCUAUGGCAGAUAUAUUGAUGAUAUCUUCUUUACAUCAAAUCAAUCACUCGAUGUAGUCAACCAAAUGUUAGAUGAAGCAAAUCAUUAUCAUCCAAAUAUAAAACUAGUUCGACAAAUUGGUAAAAGUCUUCCAUUCUUGGAUGUUUUCGUAGAAAAUAAGAAUGGUAUAAUUGCUACAUCAGUCUAUCAUAAAGAAGCAGCUGAAACUUAUGUUGUACCAUUUCAAUCUGAUCAUCCACGACAUACCUUUAAGAAUAUUAUAGAUACUGCACUUACACGUGCAGUUCGAUAUUCAUCAACAUUACAAACAUUCAAUCAAGAACGACGUUACAUAAAACUUAUGUUACUUUAUAAUGGCUAUCCACCACGAUUCAUUUAUGCUAUAUUCAAAGCAUUUCUUGGCAUACAUAUGCCGUCAUUAUCCUCUACGGUUAUGUCAUGGAUUGAAUAUGAAAAACAAUAUUUUCAAAUACGAACUUCAAGAUUAAAACAACCGACAAGUGAUGAACAAAGGUCACAAAACAGAAUAUCUACAAUAACGGACGAGAGUACUGAAGAACAAGGCAAAGACAAACUUACUGCAAAUAAACAACAAAAACAAGAUAAAUGGAAUAAAUGUCUUAUUAUACAUUAUACACAUGAACAACGUUUGGCAAGUUAUAAAAGAGAUAUUCAUCAAAGAUGGGAUGGAAUAUUCAAAUAG